AUGAGCCUCCUGCCCAGCGGCGCGGCCCCUGUCCCGGGUCCUUCGGGCUCCUUGUGCGCACUGCUUGCGCUGCUGCUGCUGCUGAUGCCACCAGGGCCCCUCAGCACAGGUGGUCCUGUGGCUGCUGCGUUGAGAGAGCUGCGUUGCAGUUGUUUACAGACCACGCAGAGAGUUCAACCGGAAAUGAUCAGUAAUCUGCAGGUGUUCGCCAUAGGCCCGCAGUGCUCCGAGGUGGAAGUGGUAGCCUCCCUGAAGAACGGGACGGAAGUUUGUCUGUAUCCACAAGCCCCUUUUCUAAAGAAAGUCAUCCGGAAAAUUUUGGGCCGGUACUUGUCACUUUGA